UCCUAAAUCCACAUCACUAACAGUUUAUUUUAAAACAUUCUUUAACACUACACCAUUCUCCGCAAACAUUUUUGAUAUUUUUUUUCUAUAUCAUUUUUCCAGAAACACUUUCUUAUGCUGUUGACUACACUAGUUUUGCUAAGCAGAAUUUAUUUGUCUCUGCUGCAAGAAAUUUUAGAGCUAGAUACAAGCGCAGCUGAAAACAGUGAAACGACAACAAUGCCCAGUUUUGCAAUGCCUUGGAUGGCCUUCACCCCCCCACCCACUACCUCGAAUCCUUCUAUCCAGCCACCCGAAGUUUUUCGGCUAAUGAUCAUGCAUUCCGACGACAGUGGCAUCCCGUGCAAUUCCGACCUAAUGCAGCCAGGAAUCGAUAUCGCCAUGAAAAAGGCUGCCGAUAUGUUCAACGUUAACUACACACUGCCGACAACCUUUUGUGGCACUUGUCGCGAUGAUGCGUUCGGCGACGGGCUAACUAAUCUGCUCUACGUGAUUAAAAGUACCUGGUUCAGUAAGAAAGUUGUUGUUGUGCUGGGACCGAGUUGUCCAGCUGAUUUAGAUGCGGCGUGCGCUAUGAUGAGCCAUUACGGUAUCGGCCCACUUAUUGCGGCUAAUUCGCCGUUUCGCGGAAGCUUCAGCGUCAUGAAUGGCUUCCGCAUGACCUUUUCCGCCUUCACAUUCUGGAUUCCCCUGGUAGAUCUGUGCCGCGAGUUUAACUGGACCAACGUCAACGUUAUAUAUUUUCAAGACAAUGAUACAGAUGCCUCUACAACCAGUCCUGGUAGUCAGCUCUGGUACGGCAUGGCUACUGGUCUUUAUAACUCAAAUCCAUACGCAACAGCCAUUAGCUUUUUCCCCAUUCGUCAUGACACCAGUUCCAAUGUGUCAAGAAACCUAUUGAGUGCUUACAGUAGAGGGCGAAUCCACGUACUAGUCGGAGAUGCCGAAAUGGUUCGACAGUAUCUUGUGGGAGCACAUGACCUAGGAAUGACCAAUGGCGAGCAUAUGUAUUUUGCGCCAGACUUCCAUCGCGAUACCAUUAUAAAACCUACAAAAGAGACUGGCUGGAAACGAGGUGACGGAAACGACGAAAAGGCUAAAGACGCAUACCGUUCGCUGUUAGUAAUCGGUCUACGAGACCGUUCAGCCGAUCCAUCGUACUUAAAGUUUGUGGACGAACUAAAGGAAUGGGGAAGAACCAAUCAGUACACCAGGCCAGACCUAUUAAGCGCUCCAGACUAUUACAUGAUAAGCUAUCAUGAUGCAGUCCUUUUACCAGCGGCCGGCGUGGGCUUCUAUCACGAAAUUCAACAGUCAGCACUUCCACUGGCCGUACUCCCGAGUUACUCGUUUGGUGACGCGCCAGUGGUGUUCAAUACCAGUCUUCUAACAUCCGCGAUGCAGCAGAUCACUUGGAACUACUCGAAAAGCGGUUUGCGUUUGUCGGAAAAGUUGUUAACAACCAAAACUCGGGAAGUGUGUGACAGUUUUAAUUUAUACGGCAUGUCGAACGCCAGCAACGGAGUACUUCAACUGCUGCGAGCGUAUAACGCUUCUAGUGAUCCGAACAUUACCGACACAACGGUUGAGCUUUGUCCCACGACACCCAGCGUUAUACGAGCGAUCGUCUGGCCCAAUGCAAAUAACACACCACCAGUUAACGAACCCGUUUGUGGAUAUCUCGAUGAAAAGUGUCCUCCGUACGAUUACUUACCCACUUACAUUAUGAUUGGAAUCGGUGCCUUCUUCCUUCCCAUUAUUCUUAUUGGCUGCGCCAUUGCUACUUGGAAGGGCUUCAGAUAUUAUCGUUCGGCUUGGAACUGGAUUGUACACCCCAGUGAUGUGCGAGUAUCAUGGCCCAACAGCGCCGUGCCCAUUGAUAUAGAAGACAAUGCCAGCAUAGAACCAAGUUUAAACGCUCGCCAUCAGGGAUGGCAAUCGGAGGACGUUUUUCCUGAACCGCUAAUGCCAGAGAUAUCUACCGUCUUGGGUAGAUGGAAGCGAAAAAUGACGGCUGUUAGACAUUGCUACAAAAAAUACGUUGUCAAGCAUUUCCGGCUUCUUCAGGAAGUAGAAUGGGCAAGAAAGAUUGACCAUGAUAAUGUGCUGAAAUUCCUUGGUGCUUCAAUCGACAUUAACCAUGUUGCCGUGUUGUAUGAGGAAAUUGGAAAUCGGGGACGCUUGAUUGAUCUUAUACAUAUGAAGCCGAAGAUGGACUGGGAAGUUCGAUUCUCCUUCGCCAGUGACAUCAUUCACGGUCUGCUGCAUCUGUAUUUCAAAUGGCUGCAAUGCCAUGGUCGGUUGACCUCGUUUUGUCUGUGGAUUGAUGAAAAAUUCGUCGUCAAAAUCAGUGAUUACGGUCUGCCAAGUUUUCUGGAUUUGAACAUGGUGGAAUACUGGUUUGCCAAAAAGUGCCCUGGAUUCAGUCAAUCACUUUUGUGGACAUCACCUGAGGUUUUACGCAGCAACGACAGCAACCAAAGAAGUGCCAAUUUGAUGAAUCGGUCAGUGGACAUUUACAGUUAUGGCAUAAUCAUGCAAGAACUUAUUUUAUGGGAUCGUCCGUACUGCAUGUUCGAUUACACGCCGACUGAAAUCGUUUCGUAUGUUCGUUAUGGACAAACGCCUGAAGGCAUACCAAUGCGACCAAAGUUCACAUUGGAUGUGGACUGCGAUACACAGUUACUGGAACUGGUGCAAAUAUGCUGGAAUGAAUCUCAGCACGAAAGACCUGACUGGAGUUUUGUCAGAGGGGAGAUUUCUCGUGUAGCGACAAAAAUGUGUACAAAAUCAGGCGGUAGUCUGGCCGAUGCGCUGAUGGCUCAGAUGGAAAAUCUGACAAACAGCCUCGAAAAUGUCGUACAUAAACUGGACUUUCAAGCCUACGUUGACCAACAGAAAAAGAAUGCCAUGUUAUAUGUGUACAUACCCAGGGCUGUUGCGGGCUACGGCGACAAUAUGUCCACUUCGUGCACCAAAGUUUACGACCACGUAACAGUAGUUUGUUCCGAUGUCUUAACACCGUCUGUUAUCCGAGCUCAAAGUUCACCAGUUCAAGUGAUCGACUGUUUGGAAAAGCUUGGACAAUUAGUGGGCGAUGUACUGGAAACAUCUGGGAUGAGCAGAGUAUCGCAUUUUCAGGACACAGUCAUCGCUGCUUCUGGCGUUCCAGUGGAAUCGUCAAACCACGCAACAGAUGCCGUAAAGUACGCGUUGCGCCUGGUAUCCGCCCUGGAGAGCUUCGUUAUUCCUUACAAACCGGACUACCGGUUCAAGCCGCGAGUGGGAAUUAGUUCAGGUGCAGUGGUUGGAGGCGUUCUGAGCACAAAAAUACCAAGGUUCUUUAUUUACGGCGAAGCAGUGCUGAUUGCUCUUAGAAUGCUGCACUCCAUUGGCAACUAUCCUGGAAUUCAGAUCAGCGGAUAUACGAGAGAGUUACUGCAGCGUAGCGAUUUUGUGGUAGAACAUCGUGGUCCCAUACCGUACAAGGACAGGCACAUUGAUGGAUAUUGGUUACAUGGUUCUAUGGAUGCAGUGCUCGAGCUUUUUGCCAUACAUAAUCCCAUGAAAACUGCCGUUGUUAAAAGGCCAUCGUUUCUUUUUAAAAUGGCAUGACUUAAAUCCAUCCUUAGAAUUUUGUUAGUUAUCAUUUCUGUUCGAGAAUUGUAUAUGGAGCUGCAAUUUUCGAUUUUCGAAGGAAAUUGUUAUUUUGAACAAAAAUGCGCGAAAACUUCCGAUUUUUAUGCAGUUCAGUUAAUACUUUAAGCAGUGGUAAACUAGCUUUACAGUUCAUGUAUUGAGUAUGUAUGUAGUUCAUGU